ACAUGGCUCCCUCAAUGCCAACCCGCAAGCUGGGCAAGACCGACAUCGAGAUUCCCGUCAUCGGCCUCGGCGCGAUGGGGUUGAGCAUCGCAUACGGCUUUGGGGGCACCGACGCCGAGCGUCUCGCGUUGCUCGACCGCGCCUGGGAGCUCAGCUGCACGCACUGGGACACCAGUGACGUCUACGGCGACAACGAGGACCUCCUCUCGAGGUGGUUCGAGCUGCACCCCGAGCGCCGGCGGGACAUUGUGCUCGCGACGAAAUGUGGCCUCACCUUGACGCCCAGGGGCGACGGAGGCUUUGAUAUGUCCGUCGAUAGCUCGCCCGAGUACGUCAUGAAGGCCUGCGAGCGGAGCCUCGCUCGUCUGGGCGUCGAUUACAUCGAUCUGUAUUAUAUACACCGUCUGGACGGGAAGACGCCCGUGGAGAAAACCAUGGGGGCGUUGGCUGAGUUGAAGAAGCAGGGAAAGAUCAGGGCCAUCGGCAUAUCGGGCGCCUCGGCGACGUCGCUUCGGCGCGCGCACGCCGUCGCCGCCGUCGACGCCGCCCAGGUCGAGUACAGCCCGUGGGAGCUGGCGGUCGAGAGGGGCGGCGUGCUGGCGACGUGCCGCGAGCUGGGGGUCACGGUCGUCUGCUACAGCCCGCUGGGGCGCGGGUUCCUGACGGGCGCGCUGACGUCGCGGGACGACCUCGCCGAGGGGGAUUUUCGGAGUGGCCUGCCACGGUUCGAGGAGGGGAACUUUGGGCGGAAUCUGGGGUUCGUGGAGAGGCUGAGGGAGAAGGCGGCGGGGAAGGGGUGCACGCCUGCGCAGCUUUGUCUGGCGUGGUUGGUUGCGCAGGGGGGGGAUGUGGUGGUUAUUCCUGGGACGAAGAGGGUUGGGUAUCUUGAGGAGAAUGUUGGUGCUGCGGAGGUGGUGCUCUCCGAGGAGGAGGUGCGGGAGAUUAGGGCUGAGGUGGAUGCGGCUGAUGUUGUCGGGGAGCCUUACAUGGAGGGCGCUUUGCCUGAAUACGAGGACACGCCUGAGUUGUCGUGAGGGUCGGUAGGGUGCAUCUUUUAUUUGGAUGGAGAUAGAUCGAGG